AUGAUUCAAGUAGUGCUAUUUAAACAAAAGUUCGCUUUACUAUCCAAUAAUAAAGUCUUCUUUAUAUUGCUUGACUGCACUGUCACAAGUGCUGUAGGGCUCGUGCAAGAGUUAUACAAAUACCCGAUAAUUGGAAAGAAACUGUACGUUCGAAGAGACUCAGUCAUGACGACAAAAGCAAGAGCAAAAAAGGAGGAUUCACUUCAAGUGAGAGCACGAGUCGAACCGCAGUGGUCGCGUCUUCUUAGUGGCGGUGCAGCAUCAGCCACCGCUGAGCUAUUGACGCUGCCUAUUGACAUCACUAAGACAAUGAUCAAGCAUGAAGGUCUCAGUGCACUAUGGAAUGGAGCCACUCCUGCUUUGCUGCGUCAAGUUUCGUAUACGAGUAUCUGCAUGGUGCUCUACGAACCACUGCGCAAUACCUUUGGAGCCAGUGUGCACCACUGUGCGAAUGGUGAAGUGUCGUUCAUGAACAAAUUUUUAGCCGGUGGUUGUGCAGGAGCUAUUGGGAUCAGCAUUGCCAACCCUGUAGACGUCAUCAAGGUACGAAUGCAGGCAAACCGCUCCGGCAAGCUGUACAGUGGUGUUGGAGACGCCUUCAGCGUCAUUUACAAGAGGGAAGGUUUCCGUGGGUUCCUGCGUGGUAUGUCGCCUAACAUCAAGCGUGGCUUCGUCGUGAACGCUGCUGAAUUGGGCACUUACGAUCAUAGCAAGGAGCUGCUCAUUUCGUCUGGAUUACUGAAAGAGGGUGUCCUUGCACAUACUGGUGCGAGUUGUGUGGCUGGUUUAGCCGGCGCGUCCGCUUCUAAUCCAAUUGAUGUGGUAAAGACGCGUCUCAUGAGCCAGCCGACCGAUGUGAAAGGCAAAGGGCUUCUUUACAAGGGUAUGAUAGAUUGCAUGCACAAAACCUUUCUUGAAGGUGGUGCAGGCGCUUUCUACAAGGGAUUCAUUCCCAACUGGAUGCGCAAGGCACCUUGGUGCAUUGUCUUCUUCGUCACGUACGAAGAAAUCCGUUCCAUGCUCACGCCUAGUAACGACAGGUUUUAA